AGCUCGCUGGGAGUGACGGUACAGGGGACUCUGGCAGGUGCUCCUGCAACUUUGAAUUCUCCUUCUCUUCUCCCAAAGCAGGCAAUCAUGAGCGAUCGGAAGGCAGUGAUCAAAAAUGCGGACAUGUCAGAGGAAAUGCAACAGGACUCGGUGGAAUGUGCUACUCAGGCCUUGGAGAAAUACAACAUCGAGAAGGACAUCGCUGCUCACAUAAAGAAGGAAUUUGACAAGAAAUACAAUCCCACGUGGCACUGCAUCGUGGGAAGGAACUUUGGCAGCUAUGUGACUCACGAGACCAAGCACUUCAUCUACUUCUACCUCGGCCAAGUUGCUAUUCUUCUUUUCAAGUCUGGUUAGAAUCACGGACUGUUACUAACACUUGCACCUGGGUACAGGAUCUGCACAGUGACUCCCACCUUCAGCCUUCCUGGGGAAACAGGCCUUGAUCUCCAGGUCUUUUGUUGUAUUGUUAAUGGUCAGGGAUUUUGCUGUAGCAGCUGGUAUUUUCAUUGUGGCUAUAUAAAAAAGCAAAAAUGUCUUCCUUGUAUUUAUUUUCUUUCAAAAGACUGCUUCUUUGCUAAUAAAACUGUUGGAACUAGUUUA